CCUGAUUAUUAUCGUUAUUAAUCAGGAAUUCAUUAUCAGAACUCGGUUUUUUUUUCUUAGCAUAAUAUAUGUAGAUCACAGCUUUGUACUUAAUCUUUUUUAUUUAGUGCAUAUUAUUUUAUAUAUAAAAUUGUUAAUAAGAAAAACUAGAAAAAAGAGAAUUCAAUAAUUUCUCUUUUUUAUUUGUAUAAUUCUUUAUGAUUUUUAUUUAUUAUAGAUUAUUGUUUAUAAUAUAAAUCCAAAACUAAAAUUAACUAGUCAAAUACCAAUGCAAAGUAUGAAUAAUCAGGAAUUGACCGAAUUUUCUCCUAUUGCAAUUCAUCAUUAUCGACGAAGGUCAAUUCCUACAAUCAUUACUGAGGAACAUAUAAGUGGUAUAUUGGAGAAGCUUGGUUCAUCAAAACAAGAUGUGACAACAGAACAAUCAUCUACAAUUGCUGCUACAACAGAAAACUUAUCUACGAUUACCUCUUCAACAGAACAAUCAUCAACAAUUACUUCUACAACAGAAACAUCAUCUAGAUUAUUUACAAAUGAAACAUCUACAUCAACAAAUGAAACAUCACUUGUCCCAUUAUUUCAAACAAAACGUUUACCUAUUGAUCCUGAUGUUGUUGCACCUGAUGGUUCACUUGUUCGUAUUUUAUUAACAACUGUUGGUGGUAGUAUGGCACAAUUUGAUCUUCCAUCUGGUAUGACAUCGAAUGCUGUUGAACAUCGAACUGUUUACGAAAUAUGGUAUUUUCUAUCUGGUGAAGGUGAAUUUUGGCGAAGACAAAAAGGAAAAGAAGAAAUUGUAACAGUCGACGCUAAUGUAUGCAUAACAAUACCAGUUGGUACUGAAUUUCAAUUUCGUACAAUUGGACGAAAACCUCUCGUAGCAGUAGCAAUUACAAUGCCACCAUGGCCUGGUAAUAAUGAAGCUAUGCCAAGAAAAGGUAUUUGGAAUGCAAGUUUUGUUGGACUUCCGAAUUCAACGAUAAAAUUGCUGAAUUCAAUCAAUCUAUGGAUGAUUAUUCUCACUUUUUACAUUGUAAAGAAACUUUAA